CCUACUACACAGAUGGAGAGCCAAAGGAAUCUGACUGAAUUCAUUUUAAUAGGUCUUACACAGAACUCCCAAAUGCAGAAAGUAGUGUUUGUGAUCUUUUUGAUUCUGUACAUAAUGACACUAUCAGGCAACCUCCUCAUCGUGGUGACCAUUAUCCACAGCCAGGCACUGAGUUCCCCGAUGUAUUUCUUCCUGAGUCACCUUUCUCUGAUAGACACGAUUUACACCUCUUCAUCAGCUCCUAAGUUGAUUGUAGACUCUCUUCAAGAGAAGAAAGUCAUCUCCUUUACUGGGUGUAUGGCUCAGGUCUAUGCAGAGCACAUUUUUGGAGCUACUGAGAUCAUCCUGCUGACGGUGAUGGCCUAUGACCGUUAUGUAGCCAUCUGUAAACCCCUGCACUAUGCGACCAUCAUGAACCACAAGCUAUGCAUGCUACUGGUGGCAGUGUCCUGGACGGGAGGAUUUCUCCACGCAACGAUUCAGAUCCUCUUCACAGUCUGGCUGCCCUUCUGUGGUCCCAACGUCAUAGACCAUUUUAUGUGUGACUUGUACCCCUUGUUGAAACUCGUCUGUAUGGACACCCGCACCCUCGGUCUCUUCGUUGCUGCCAACAGUGGGUUCAUUUGCCUCUUUAACUUUCUCCUCUUGAUGGGAUCCUAUGUGGUCAUCUUGCGCUCUCUGAAGAACUACAGCUUGGAGGGGAGGCGCAAAGCCCUCUCCACUUGUGUAUCUCACAUGAUAGUAGUUGUCUUAUUUUUUGUACCCUGCAUAUUUGUGUAUCUGCGCCCAGUGACCACUUUGACCAUGGAUAAAGCAGUUGCUGUGUUUUAUACUAUGGUGGCUCCUAUGUUAAACCCUUUAAUCUAUUCCUUUAGAAAUACUGAGGUAAAAAAUGCAAUAAGGAAGCUUUGGAGAAAAAAGGUGGCUUCAGAUAGUAAUUAA